AUGAACGGAAACAAAGAGAGGCCAGAAUCGCUCGUGUUGACAGGGGACCCUUCCAGAGUCGUUCAAUCUCCGGGUUCGUUUCAGAAAGAGCCAGUGGUUAAGGAGGAUCCAACGGCCCCAACGGCAGAAGCGCAGAGCGAUGAGGAGGAGGGAGGUAUUGUGGGGUGCUUACUGACAACAGAAGGGGCAAAGAAGAACGUGCAGACUGAAGCUGACCUGCUUGCCACCUUGGUGCAACGCAUCGACUUCGCCACAGCAGCAGUUCCCCGCGGCGCUCACCGUCUCCAUGGCACCAAAAUAAUCCCAGCAACGGAGUUUCAGGUGGAGGCCCUGAGAGCGCAAACGUCCAAAGACUACCAGUUCAACGUCGACUUCUUGGAGCCUCUGAACUACGACGUGCCGAGGGGUCAGGAGCACUGCAAUUAA